AUGUAUCCCAUUGCCUGGGCUGUUGUGGAUAGAGAAACAAAACAUAGUUGGAGCUGGUUCAUAAGUUAUUUUAUUGCUGAUCUAAACUUGGGAACUGGUGAAGGUUUGACUGUGAUGUCAGAUAUGCAAAAGGGACUUAUUCCUGUAUUGUUGGAGUUGUUACCAAAUGCUAAGAAAAGAAUGUGUGCUAGACAUAUAUGGAGUAAUUGGCAUGUUAACUGGAAAGGAGAAGAAAGAAGGAAACAGUUUUGGAGAUGCUCAAAGGCCUCUUUUGAAGUCAAGUUUGGUGAAGAAUUUCAUGCAAUGUCUAAGCUAGCUGCUAGACAUAAAUCAAUUACUACCAUGCUAGAGGAUAUUAGGCAUAAAAUAAUGAACAGACACAUAGACAUGAUCAAAUUUGCUGAAACAUGGAUAUCAGACAUUGCACCUAUGGCAAGGGCAAUACUAGAAAGAAACAAGGAGUAUUCAAAGAACUGUAAUGUUCAAUGGAAUGGGGUGAAUGGUUUUGAGAUUAGUAAUGGGGAAUAUUCAUUUGUUGUUGACUUGGAGAAGAAGCAUUGUGACUGUAGGUUGUGGAUGUUGAGAGGUAUUCUUUGCCCUCAUGCUAUUUGUGCUUAUUAUUACUUGAAUCAAGAUCCUGAUCAACAUGUAGAGAACUGGUAUAUGAAGGAAACAUUUCUCAAGGCUUACAAUCAUUUCAUCCAACCAAUACCCAAUAUGAGAAUGUGGCCUAAAACUACACAUCCAUCAAAAGAGCCUCCAAAACCAAGAAAAAUGCCAGGCAGACCUGGCAAGAAGAGAAGAAAGAGCAUGGCUGAGCCCAAAAAAUGGGGAAAAAUUUCCAUAUAA